CCGUCCAUCUCUAAAAGUUACCCAGACACAGGGGCACAAAGACACACUGCUGCCAGCGCUGCCCGUGCUGUGCCCGACGAGCUCCUCCGCGCGUCCCUCGCAGCUGCCGCCCGCCGGGCACAGCGAGGGCUCGGGCCCGGCCCCCGCUCUCCUCCCGCCCGCCCUCUCCGAGCCCGGAAGCGCGCGGCGGCCGCUCCAGAGGGCCCGGCCCGGCCGGGAGCCGCCACGGGAGCCGCUCGUAGCGCCGCGGCCGCCGCGGCCCGCCCGCCGCCUCCGGGGCAGCCCUCGGCCCCGCAGCUGACGCCGCUGGAGAGGCGCAUCGUGGAACUGCACCGAGAGGCGACUGCGGCAGGCCGGCAGACCUACGUGGACCCAGGCACAGGCUACCAGGUGCUCACCGAAGCCGCCCACUUGCGGAGAGGUAAAUGCUGUGGCUCUGCGUGCAGACACUGUCCAUAUGAGCAAGUUAACGUAAAAGACCAGUCGAGAAAGAAGCGCUUCAACUCUUUUUUCUAUGUGUGACCAUGAAUGCCUUUGCACUCUGCAAGAACGGCUGCGAGACCUGCGCGCACCCCGUAGCUCCGUGUGGCUGCCACCGCCAGGACGCUGCCGGGCGCUGUGCUGUGCCUGCCGCCGGCACACGGUGAAUGCGCUUCCAUUGUAAUAAAGCACAAACUGAACCGUG